CCGCCCCUCUGCUCCACGCUCAUGCCACCAUAGGCGGAGGGAGGUAAAUAAACAGAACACGAAUAAAGCGAGGUCAAUGCAGGUCGCGAUCACAGCCACCGUCUCGGCGCACCACCCGCAUCUGAAGCCUUCGGUGUCGUUCCUGCGGCCAUCGCCUCCGCACCGGGUCCGAAUCCAACCUUCCGCCCACCGCCUGAGCACCAGGGCGAGCGCUAUGGCCUCCUCGGCGCCGCAGCAGCUUACCAUCACGCGACCCGACGACUGGCACCUCCACCUCCGCGACGGCCAAGUGCUGGCCGCCGUGCUCCCCCACAGCGCGAUGCAUUUUCAGAGAGCCAUCGUGAUGCCCAACCUGAAGCCGCCUGUUACGACGACGGUGCGUGCGGUGGAGUACAGGGAGGAGAUCCUGAGGGCGCUGCCGCCGGGGAGUAGCUUCACGCCGCUCAUGACGCUCUACCUCACGGACACCACUAGCCUGGAAGAAAUCAAGAUCGCAAGAAAGAGUGGUGUUGUUUUUGCGGUCAAGCUGUAUCCUGCUGGAGCAACUACCAACUCCCAAGACGGUGUAACUGAUAUACUGGGGAAAUGCUUGCCUGUCCUUGAAGAGAUGGUCAGGCAGGAAAUGCCUUUACUUGUUCAUGGAGAAGUCACGGAUCCUCAUGUCGACACAUUUGACCGUGAGAAGGUUUUCAUCGAGAGAAUAUUAGCACCACUUGUUCAAAAACUUCCACAACUUAAAAUUGUUAUGGAACAUAUCACUACAAUGGAUGCUGUGAACUUCGUAGAGUCAUGCAAAGAAGGUAAUGUUGCUGCAACGGUUACUCCGCAGCAUCUCCUUCUCAACAGGAAUGCCUUGUUUCAGGGUGGUUUACAGCCCCACAAUUAUUGCUUGCCAGUACUAAAGAGAGAAACUCACAGACAAGCUAUUGUCUCUGCUGUAACAAGUGGGAGCAGACAAUACUUUCUUGGUACUGAUAGUGCCCCCCAUGAUAAACGGAUGAAGGAGUGCUCUUGUGGCUGUGCAGGAAUAUAUAGCGCUCCGGUUGCUCUUUCCCUGUAUGCGAAGGUAUUUGAACAGGCUGGUGCUCUUGAUAAGCUAGAGGCGUUUACAAGCUUCAAUGGGCCAGAUUUUUAUGGCCUCCCAAGGAACAACUCGAAGAUUGUUCUGAGAAGGAGCGCAUGGAAAGUACCUGCAACUUAUACAUACGGUGGAGGGGUGAUUGUGCCCAUGUCUAGUGGCAACACUCUAGAAUGGCUUCCGUCCGACCAGCCUGAAGAAUGAACAGAAUAAUACAUUCACUGAUCCAUUUGUGGGGUGAGCAAUAAGUGGACCGGGUCCAUUCUUUCCCCUUUAUGUAGAAUCAGCAUGAAAAACAUGUUCUUCGGAACCUUGCCCCAUGUGGGGUUCUUAAAGAUCAACCCUGUAAGAGAAACUUAUUUGAAACAACAGCAAAUUGUCCUCAAUAAAAGAAGAGGGUUUUGUCGAGUUA